ACUCCCUCACCCUGGGUGCUUACUGUGCUGCUCCAGCCCGGGCCGAGAAGGGGCUGCACCAGAGUGAGCUUUGGGAUCCCAUGGAGGGCAGCGCUCCCUGGUGUUCACGGCAAGGACUGCGGGGCGGGGUGGAAGCCGGGCGGAGAGACCUCAGGAGGCAAGGUACACGCGCGACCCUCCCGGCUACACUACCCCUUAAGUCCUCAGUUGUGCACCCAGGCGAAGUUCCUGCGCGACGGGACUCGGCUACACUCCUACAACUCCGAACCCGGGCGAACCCUCACCCGGCAAGGCCCGGGAGGGGAGGGGCCGGGCCGGGGGCGGCUGGCAGGAAGCUGCGCGUACCUUCCGCUGCAGGAGGAGCAGGUGGCUGAAGGGCGGCCCGGGGCCGCCCCAGGCUUCCUGUGUGGGCCCCAGCCUGCUGCUCUUUCCCGCCCCAGCUCGUUGGGCUGCCGCGGCCGGCCCGGCCCAGUUCCAUGGCCCAGACCCCCGACAGCAUCUCCUGUGAGCUUCGAGGCGAGAUCACCAGGUUCCUGUGGCCAAAGGAGGCAGAGCUGCUCCUAAAAACCUGGCUUCCCCAGGAAGGUUCUGAGCGAAGUCACAUUCUGGCGCUGCUGCGAUGGAGGGCCUACCUGCUACAUACUUGCCUCCCACUGAGGGUGGAUUGCACUUUCAGCUACCUAGAGGUCCAGGCCAUGGCACUGCAGGAGACACCCCCUCAGGUUACCUUUGAGCUGGAGUCCCUGCCUGAGCUGGUCCUAGAAUUUCCUGGUGUGGCCACCGUAGAACAGCUGGCCCAGCAUGUGGCUUCAGCCAUCAAGAAGGUCUUCCCUCGCUCAACCCUUGGGAAGCUAUUCCGGAAGCCCACACCCACCUCAAUGCUGGCUCGGCUAGAGAGAAGUAACCCCUCAGAGUCCAUGGCCCCCAGGAGCCCCUGUGGUGGCUUCUUGGAGACAUAUGAGGCUCUGUGUGACUACAAUGGCUUCCCUUUCCGAGAAGAGAUUCAGUGGGAAGUGGACACCAUCUAUCAUCGUCAAGGAUGCCGCCAGUUCAGCCUAGGAGAUUUCAGUCACCUUGGCAGCCGGGACCUGGCCUUGAGUGUGGCUGCCCUGUCCUACAACCUGUGGUUCCGGUGCCUCUCUUGUGUGGACAUGAAGCUGAGCCUUGAGGUCUCAGAACAGAUUCUACACAUGAUGGGUCAGUCAUCCCACCUGGAAGAGCUAGUGCUGGAGACCUGUGGCUUGAGAGGAGACUUUGUCCGUCGACUGGCCCAGGCACUGGCAGGACAUUCGAGCUCUGGGCUUCGAGAACUCAGCUUGGCGGGGAACCUGGUGGAUGAUAGAGGCAUGGCUGCACUCAGCAGGCACUUAGAGCAUCGUCCAGGAGCCCUCAGGAGACUCAACCUAGCGCAGACAGGAUUGACACCUCGAGGAAUGAGGGCUCUGGGCCAGGCACUGGCCACCAAUGCUGCCUUUGACUCUGCCCUGACCCAUCUGGACCUUUCUUGUAAUCCUGGGGCACUAGGGGCCUCAGAGGACAAUGGAGGCCUCUAUAGUUUCCUGAGUCGUCCUAACGCUUUGAUGUUCCUGAAUCUCGCAGGCACAGACGCUGCCCUGGAUACUGUGAGGGGUGUUCAUGCGGGGAUGAUCAGCCGGGCUCGGAAGCUCAGCUGGGUUGAUUGGAGGGCAGAGUGGGGUCAGGGAUGGCUUGGUCCCCCCCCCCCCCCCCCGCUGCCACAUGUAGCCAACACCUUCCUCCUGCAGCUCUUCACAGCGCUGUCGAGCGGCUGCUGUUCCAGCCUCACCUACCUUGACACUUCCAGGAAUGUCUUCUCUCGCUGCAAGUCCCCGGCUGCCGCUGCAUCGCUGCAGCUCUUCCUUAGCCGUGCAGAGACCUUGCGGCACCUGGGCCUGGCGGGCUGCAAACUGCCACCGGAAGCGCUCAGGGCCGUUUUGGAUGGCCUGGCGCUCAACACACACAUCCGAGACCUGCACCUGGACCUCAGCGCUUGUGAGCUGCGCUCUGCGGGUGCCCAGGUGAUACAAGACUUAGUGUGCGAUGCAGGCGUCGUGAGCUCCUUGGAUCUGGAGGAUAAUGGCUUUGGCUCAGACAUGGUGACUCUGGUGCUGGCCAUCGGGAGGAGCCAGUCGCUGAGACAUGUAGCACUUGGAAGAAACUUCAACGUCCGGUGCAAGGAGACCCUGGAUGACGUCCUGCACCGGAUCGUCCAGCUCAUGCAAGACGACGACUGUCCCCUGCAGUCUCUGUCCGUGGCUGAUUCGCGGCUAAAGCUGGGCGCCGGCGUCCUACUCCGGGCACUGAGCACCAAUCCUAACCUGACUGCACUGGAUAUCAGUGGCAACGCCAUGGGGGACACGGGCGCCAAGAUGCUGGCCAAGGCCCUGGGAGUCAACACGAGGCUCCGGUCUGUGAUUUGGGAUCGGAACCACACAUCUGCUCUGGGGCUGCUGGACGUGGCGCAGGCCCUGGAGCAGAACCAUAGCUUAAAGGACAUGCCUCUGCCACUGAACGAUGUGGUCCAGGCCCAGCGUAGCCGCCCAGAACUGACAGCACGAGCAGUCCAUCAGAUCCAAGCCUGUCUCUUGAGGAAUAACCAUGAGGAUCCCACCUCUUCUGGCCCCUCAUCUUGCCUUCAGCCUUUGAAUUUGGUUUCAGAUCACUCAGAGCAGGAGGUGAAUGAGCUGUGUCAGUCGGUGCAGGAGCACAUGGAGCUGCUGGGCUGUGGGGCUGGACCCCAGGGUGAAGCUGCUGUGCACCAAGCAGAGGAUGCCAUCCAAAAUGCCAACUUUUUUCUCAGCAUUCUCCCCAUUCUAAAUGAGGCUGGGAACUCCCCAAGCUAUCAAUGGCAGCUGCGGCAGAAGGUGGAGGCCCUCCUGGAACAGGUGGGUGAGGUCUGCCGCCAGGACACCCAGGACUUCAUUCAGGCCAUACUGGACACAACAAGGAGCCUCUGCCGACAGAUGCUGCAGGGACCUGGCUGGAGGGAGCAGCUAGAAGGGGUCCUGGUGGGUUCAGAGGGCCUCCCAGAGCUGCUCCCAGAGCAGCUACUGCAAGAUGUCUUCACCAGACUCAGGGACAUUCGGCUGUCAGUCACUGGGACCCUUUCAGAGAACAUUGUGGCUCAGGCUCUGGCAGGCCUGAGUGCAGCCCAGGAUCGGCUGGUGGAGAGUCUGGCUCAGCAGGCACCAGUGGCAAUGCCCCCUAGCCUCCCAGCACUGGAUGGAGGUGAGCUCAGCCCCCUAGGGCCUGGGGCAUUGGAAGGUUUUUUCUUCCCUGAGGACAAGGAAGAGGAAGAGGAAAAGGAGAACGAUGAAAGUCCUCUGUGGAAAUGGCCUGAGCACUGUCUUCACCUGGUCCCCUUCGAUUACAGUGCUGCUGAGCAAGCGGAACCGGAGCCCGAGCUGGCGGCUCCGGGGGAAGAUGCUGAGCCGCAGGCGGGGCCGUCCGCUCGCGGCUCUCCGAGCCCCGCCGCUCCCGGGCCACCAGGCGGCCCACUGCCUCGCAUGGACCUGCCGCCCGCCGGGCAGCCCUUGCGCCAUCCAACCCGGGCGCGGCCACGGCCACGCCGCCAACACCACCACCGCCCGCCGCCGGGGGGCCCCCAGGUGCCCCCAGCCCUGCCGCAGGAAGGGAAUGGGCUCAGUGCCCGAGUGGACGAGGGCGUGGAGGAAUUCUUCUCCAAAAGGCUGAUCCAGCAGGAUUGCCUUUGGGCCCCUGAGGAGGACCCAGCCACCGAAGGGGGUGCCACUCCUGUCCCCCGUACACUUCGAAAGAAGUUGGGCACCCUCUUUGCCUUUAAGAAGCCUCGUUCAACACGGGGUCCACGGCCUGAUUUAGAGACCAGCCCUGGUGCAGCUGCCCGCACCCGGAAAACCACUCUUGGGGACCUGCUGCGGCCUCCAGCCCGUCCUGGCCGUGGUGAGGAGCCUGGUGGGACCGAGGGGGGCCCCAGCAGCCCUGACCCUGCCCGAAGAAGCAGGCCUCGGUACACACGGGAAAGCAAGGCCUACUCAAUGAUACUGCUGCCUGCUGAGGAGGAGACACUGAAUGCCAGACCUGAUAAGCGGCGGCCCCUGGAGCGGGGAGACACAGAGCUGACCCCGUCCUUUGAACAGCGGGUACAAGUUAUGCUGCAGAGGAUCGGUGUGAGCCGGGGCAGUGGGGGUGCCGAGGGCAAGAGGAAGCAAAGUAAAGAUGGUGAAAUCAAGAAAGCUGGCUCAGAUGGUGACAUAAUGGACAGCUCCACGGAGACCCCUCCCAUCUCAAUCAAGUCCCGAACUCACUCCGUGUCUGCUGACCCCUCAUGCAGACCUGGCCCAGGGGUCCAGGGGCCUGAGUCUGCCACCUGGAAGACACUGGGACAGCAGUUGAAUGCAGAGCUCAGAGGCCGUGGUUGGGGCCAACAGGAUGGUCCAGGCCCCCCCUCCUCACCUUGUCCCAGCCCAAACUUCCGCAGAGCCAGCCCUGCCCCAGACAGCCUGGGCCUUCCAGAGGACCCUUGCUUGGGCCCCAGGAAUGAAGAUGGCCAGCUGAGGCCAAGGCCUCUCUCGGCAGGCCGACGAGCAGUGUCUGUGCAUGAGGACCAGCUCCAGGGCCCUGCUGAACGGCCCCUGCGGCUGCAGCGGUCCCCAGUCCUCAAGCGUAGACCGAAGCUCGAGGCACCCCCAUCCCCAAGCCUAGGAUCUGGCCUUGGAACCGAGCCUCUGCCCCCACAGCCCACAGAGCCCUCCAGCCCUGAGCAGAGCCCACCCUCCCCAGCCACAGACCAAAGAGGCGGCGGUCCCAACCUCUGAUCCUCUCCUGCCGCAUGAAAUUAUUUUAUUAAAAAACUUGAAGGAA